GUACUCGGCAACGUGCGUCGCACGCCUGAGUGUGCGGCAUUCUCCGCCGCUACUGCUUGCGGCAGGCGGCUCUUCUGGGAAGUAGCGACGAUCGCACGCUCGACUGGCAGAUCGUCCCUCGCUUUCGCCAUCCCGUGCUCGUGUCUCAGCUCCAGCCAAUGGCGUGUUCCCAGCAGCCGCGAGAAAACCUGUACAACAGCUGGAAAGAGGGCCUGAGAGUGCAAGUGCGAUCUCAGGAACAGGCAGAAUAAUGGCCCGACAGCAAAGCGGUUGGCGUCCUCCAGGCUACCCGGGCUGGCGUUUCCACAUCCUUCUCUUCUUCGCAACAAUACAACUUUAUCUGCUUUUCUUCCUCGUCUAUAAACUCACUGCACUAGUGUCUUUAUCUUUGCGUGUCGGUCUUAUUCUCGCGAUUGCUGCUGUAUCCGGUUUAACUGAAACUUCAACCUUUAACAAUUUCCCAUCUGUAUUCUUUCAAUGUCGGACGAUUUGUCUCCUGCUGCCCAGUUUGCUGCUGCUGCCGCUCAGGCCGAGGCUGAGGCCCAGGCGGUUGCUGAGGCUGCUGCUGCGGCUGCUGCUCCUGCGGUUGCUGACGAUUCUGAUUUCCCCGCUGUUCUCGAGAAGAAGGAGGAGGCUCCCAAGGAGUCUGCCACCGAGGUUGCUGAUGCCGAAAUCGAAGCAGAGGCUGAGGCCGUUGUCGAGGUCGAUGCUGUCGCUGAGGCCGUUGUCGAGUCGGUGCUUGCCGACGAAGAGGCGCCCACUCCUCUAGAGGCUACUGCUUCUGAGGAGGUCGAGACGGUGGCCGAGGCUGCAGCCAGCCUUGUGUCUGAGGCCGAGGACGACUCUGCUCCCUCUGCCGCCGCUGCAUUCCUGAGCGCCGUGGACUCUGCGGCUGCCAGCACAUCGGGUGAUCUCGAUGACAAGGACGACUUUGAGGUGGAACAGUCGGCAGCGCGUGUGCCACAGAAGAAGCAGCCGCUGGAUCUGGCUAGCGAGGAUCUGUUCCCGUCGCUCGGCGCGCCUGCCACCAAGAAGGCGCCUGCAUGGGGAGCCAGGUCUGCCGCUGGUCCUCAGUCGAUUGCCGACAAGGUCAAGUCGCAGCGCACGACAGAGGUAUUCGAUCUGCCGCUGGUUAUGGACUCGGUUGGCGACGUUGCGCGCAAGAUCAUGCAGCAGACCAAGACGCAAAUCGAGAUCUCGCACAACCGAGUUCUGAAGACGUCGACGUAUCUGGUCAGCGGCAAGCCCGAGGACGUUGCGCGUGCCAAGCGUGAGAUUUGCGCCAAACUGUCGCCCCAGAUCACCAAGCUUAUGCAGGCCCCUGCUAGCGUGCGGUCCCAGAUCUUCGGUGUGCGCGGACGCACUCUGCAGGCUAUUCAGACGCGCACUGGCACCCAGAUCAAGAUGACGUCGCGGCCAAGCAUGGGCAGCAGCGACCUGUUCGACGUGGUCGACCUUGCCAUCACCGGUGAUUCGGUUGGUGUUGCCGCUGCUAUCGCCGAAAUUGACGCUAUCGUCGACCAGAAGACGACCAAGCGUGCAGUGCGUCUCGGCAGCAUCCCGCACGAGCUCAACGCACUGCUUGUUGGCAAGGAGGGCGCCACACUGGCUGCCCUGCAGGCGACACACAGCGACGUACACAUCCGCAUCCCUGGCCCAAUUGAGGCCGACCAGACAAUUGCGGUGUUUGGCGAGCGCGACGCAGUUCAAAGCGCCAUCAAAGAUAUCGAGGAGACGGCUCGGCAGCUGCUGCAGUCGUCGCAGACGGUCACUGUGACUGUGCCCAAGCGCCAGCACCGGUUCAUUGUCGGCGAGGGCGGUGCCACGCUGAAGGAAAUUAUCAACGCUACUGGCUGCGCUGUCCUGGUGCCGGCUCCCAGCAGCCCGUCGGACCAGGUCACAGUUCGUGGUGCGGAGUCGAACCUCGUGCAGGCUCUCGGCCUCGUCAUGAGCAAGGCAAACUCUGUCACGAUCGAGACAGUUGACCCGACCAGCAUCCACGCCUACGAGCGGCCUCUGGUCUAUACGCAGCGUGCCCUGCGGUACUUCCAUGACCGCAACCGCUUCCGCCGCAUUGAGAGCGAGAACGGUGUGACUCUGCGCAUUCCCUCGCCGGCGACUGCCCAGCGUGCUACUGCGCCCGAGCAGGUGCAGAUUGAGAUCCAGGGCAAGGAUGCCCGCUCGGUUGCUGCUGCCCGCCAGGCGCUGGUGUCGCUGUUCAUGGCAUUCCCGCCGUACCACUUCAACAGCAUUGACGUUGAGCCGCACCUGCAUUCGCUGCUGGCUGGUCGCGAGGGCGCAAAUGUUGCACGUCUGCAGGCGUCGCGGUCGGUGUUUGCACUGUUCCCGCAGGACCCCACGGCUCAGGACAUCCUGGUUGUCUACGAGGGCUUCAACCCCGAUGUGGACCAUCUGGCAGACCGCGACCAGCGCGAGAAGGCCACUCGCGAGCUGCUGAAGAAGACUCUGGAGGAGUUCCGCCAGACGAUCCAAAAGGACAGCACCUACAAGACCAGGGUUGUGGCUGUGCCAGCCAAGCUGCAGAGCAUGUUCAGCAAGCCCACGAUGCUCGAGGAGAUCCUGGCUGCCGCCAAGGCCAACGAGGGCACGGCCGUGUUCGCCCCUGAGGCCGAGAACACGCGUGUGACCCGCCGCAAGGACGAGGUGCAGGCCGGUGCUGAGGAGGUUGCUGUCAAGGGCCUGAAUGCCAGCGUCAAGCGUGUGGUCAAGGAGCUCGAGAGGCGCGUCAAGGAGCAGGAGGAGUACACGCGUCUGCACUCGUUCCGCGACGAGUUCAACGUGCCUCAGCAGAUCCUGCCGCGCAUCAUUGGCCGUGGUGGCGAGAACAUCAAGCGCAUCCGCUCGGAGCGCGAUGUGCAGAUUGACAUCGCCGACAAGACUGCUCCGGGUGUUCCCGCGCUUGUCAAGCUGCAGGGAACCGCUGAGGACGUGGCUGCGGUGAAGGCCGAGAUUCUCGAGUUCGCCGAGCGCCUCGCUGACCAGACCUCGGAGAUCAUCAGCGUUCCAGCCAACAUCCACCGCUCGCUGAUUGGCACUGGCGGACGCUACGUCAAGCGGCUCGAGGAGAAGUACGCUGUGCGUAUCCAGUUCCCGUCGUCGCGCCGUGACAACGACGAGGAGCACGGGGCUCCCCUGGGCGCCGACCAGAUCCGCAUCCGUGGUGGUCGCAAGGGCGUCGAGAGCGCCAAGGGCGAGCUGCUUGAGCUGGCUGAGUACGAGGUCGAGCACAACCACACAAUCACAUUCAGCGUGCCUGCUACGUUCCUGCCCCACAUUGUCGGCAAGGCGGGCUCGCACAUCAACGAGAUCAAGGACGAGAGCGAGACGCGCAUCGACAUCUCCGAUGCCAAGGAGGGCGAGACGACGGUUGAGAUCACCGUGGUUGGCACCAAGGGCGGUGUCAAGAUGGCCCGGGAGGCCAUUGAGGCCAUUGUGGCCGAGCAGGAGUCGCAGAUAGACAUUGUGCUGGAUGUGCCCUCUAAGCACCACCGCUUCCUGAUUGGCGCGGGUGGCAGCCGUGUGCGCGAGCUGGUGACGCAGGCUGGCGGCGACCCCGAGGCCAUGGCCGGCCCCAAGUCGUGCCGCGUGCAGUUCCCGCGUGCAGCCGAGAACACCGACCAGGUGAAGCUUAAGGGCGACAAGGAGAUCGUGGACAAGGUCAAGCAGGCGAUCGAGGAGCUGGUUGCGGAGCGCGAGCGCAUGACCACCAUCACUGUGUCCAUCCCGGUGUCGCAGCACGCCUUCAUCAUUGGCCGCGGCGGUGCGCAUCUGAAGCAGCUGCAGGAUGAGCACAGCGUCGAGAUCCACUUCCGCUCGAAGCAGCACGGCAAGAGCGCGGCUGGCGCCGAGGACCCCAGCCUCGUCAAGAUCUCUGGUCUGCCCGAGAACUGCGAGGCCUGCAAGGUGGCCAUGCUGGCUCUGGUGCGCGAGGAAGAGAAGAUUACCGUGCCCCUGGCCGUGCACCAGCGUCUGGGUGGUCGCGGCGGCUCACUGUGGCGCCGCGUGCGCAACGAGUUUGAUGUGCAGGUCGAUGCUGUCCGCGUCGACAAGGCGCCUGCCUCCUCCAAGGCGCGCCGCAUCGACGACGACGAGGAGAAGGACGUUGUGUUCCAUGACCUGGGCGACGAGCUCAGCGGACUGACUGCCGAAUGGGUGUGCCGCGGCGAGAAGGCCAAGCUGGCCGAAGCUAUUGCGAUGAUCAACAAGUCGCUGGCUGGCGCUGACCUGGGUGUUGAGGCCGCCGUGCGUGUUGAGCCCCGCCUGCACCGCAGGAUCAUCGGCAAGCAGGGGUCGAACAUUGCCAAGAUCCGCGAUGCCACGGGCUGCGAGGUCACCGUGCCCAAGCGUGGAGAUGAAUCCGUCUGGGUUACCGUUACCGGUGAGCGCGCCGGUGUUGAGCGCGCUAUCGAGAUGAUUCAGGAGGCCAUCGAUGACGAGUACUAA